UCUUAAUCCUAUUUUAUACUGGCAUAUGAUAAAACAAGGAGGAGUAUAUAGGACCACGGACGAGCAAAGAGCAAAACCUGAAGCAGCCGGAGUCUUCAAUUUCUAUUCAAAAGGGGUAAUGGAGUCUCUGAUGAUUUCCGAACCUAAUUUGCUUGAUUGCUGCAAAUGUUUUGAACCCUUAACUAUUCCCAUCUUUCAGUGUGAUAAUGGUCAUAUUGUUUGCUCUACCUGCUGUACGAAACUUAAGAACAAGUGUCACGAGUGCUCAUUGCACAUUAGCUCAAAACGUUGCAAAGCCAUUGAGAAUCUAUUGCUAUCUAUCAAAAUGUCAUGUUCGAAUGCAAAGCAUGGUUGUAAGGAGAAGAUAAGUUACACCGAUAGGAAGCAUGAAGAAGAAUGCGUCUACGUACUAUGUUACUGCCCCCUUUCAGGAUGUGACUUUGCUGCAUCAUCAGAAGUGUUGUCCAACCAUUUCAGGCAUAAACAUGGGGAUUCUAUAAUCAAAUUUUCUUAUGGUUACUCCUUCACUGUCUCCUUGAAGUCUAAUGAUGAAAUUAUUGUUCUUCAAGAGGAAAAUGAUGGUAAACUAUUUAUUCUCAAUAAUAGAACUACGCUUUUGGGAAAUGCAGUCAAUCUUUGCUGCAUUGGUCCUAACUCUUCUGAGUCCAACUAUAAUUAUGAUAUAUUGGCUAGGUCUCAGAAUUGCAUACUGAAAUUACAGUCUUUUGCGAAGAACGUCCAACAAGUUACUUUAGCAACUCUUUCAUCAGAGUUGCUUGUGAUUCCAUUUGGUUCUUCUGAACCUCUCAAGCUAGAUAUUUGCAUAACCCGCACGAUACAAAUCUACAUAAUGACCCAGACUAGUAGGAGGUACCCUCUAAGGGUUGAAAGUUCAGACACAAUAAUCGAUGUGAAGAAGAAGAUUCUUGACAAGGAAAAUAUCCCGGUGCACCAGCAACGUUUGAUCUUUGGCGGUAAGGUACUAGAUGAGGACCGGACCCUUGUCGAUUACAACAUCAAAGAGAAGUCAACCAUCCACGUCUGCCUCCGCCUCCUUGGGAACUAGAUCCGAGCGCAGGCAACAAUCAACCUCAUCGUCCGCCAUCGUCGACGACCCUUAUCAUGAAGACAAUCGCACUAUAAGUAGAGAAGUCAUGCAUUAUUGAUAAAACAUAGAGUCUUCGACUUUUGCUUUUCUUAUUUAUAUUUUUUUUGGUGUUUGACUUUUGUUAUUUUUUGUUGUCUUUAGCUCUAUAAUAAUUUUUUACUGGGGAUGAUUUUCAAAAAUUGAAGAAACCUAUUUACUUUUCAACAUAAGUUGAAAUUGUACAGUAAUUCUCACAUAGAUACAUGCAAUGACUCCUGCUUUUGAGUCUGAUUUUAUUGAAAAGAGUCGGUAAUGUAAUGACUUCAGGUUUCAAACCCUUUAUCAAGCUGCUGAAUUCUUGUUUCUCACA